UUUCGGUUCGGCACUGGCGCGAUACAGUACGCAGCUCGUGGGCAUAUCAGUAUAUAGUAAAUCGAUCGGUUUGAGUCUGGCUAACCAGUCUAUUCGAUAUGAACAAGAACCUCGGCUUUGUGGAGCGCCUGCGCUGGCGCCUCAAAACCAUCGAGCAUAAGGUCCAGCAGUACCGCCAGUCGACCAACGAUACCGUGGUCGCCGAGACCGAGUACGGAAAAGUGCGGGGAGUCAAGCGGCUCUCGCUCUACGAUGUGCCCUACUUCAGCUUCGAGGGUAUCCCCUACGCCCAGCCUCCCAUUGGGGAGCUCAGGUUCAGGGCCCCGCAGAGGCCCACCCCCUGGGAGGGAAUCAGGGACUGCAGCCAGCCGAAGGACAAGGCCGUCCAGGUGCAGUUCGUCUUCGAUAAGGUCGAGGGCUCCGAGGACUGCCUCUACCUGAACGUCUACACCAACAAUGUGAAACCUGAUAAGCCUCGUCCCGUUUUGGUUUGGAUCCAUGGAGGUGGCUUCAUAAUUGGAGAGGCCAACCGGGAGUGGUAUGGUCCUGAUUAUUUCAUGAACGAAGAUGUGGUCCUCGUCACCAUACAAUAUCGUCUUGGUGCUUUGGGAUUCAUGAGCCUGAAGUCCCCAGAGCUGAAUGUUCCUGGCAAUGCUGGCCUCAAGGAUCAGGUGUUGGCCCUCAAGUGGAUCAAGAAUAACUGCGGCAGCUUCGGUGGAGAUCCCAACUGCAUUACUGUUUUCGGAGAAAGUGCAGGAGGUGCCUCCACCCACUACAUGAUGAUAACCGAACAGACCCAAGGACUUUUCCACCGCGGUAUUCUUCAGUCGGGCAGCUCCAUUUGUCCUUGGGCCUUCAACGGCGACAUCACCCACAAUCCCUAUAGAAUCGCCAAACUGGUUGGCUACAAGGGUGAGAAUAACGACAAGGAUGUUCUGGAAUUCCUGCAGACCGUGAAGGCCAAAGAUCUCAUUCGGGUGGAGGAACAUGUCCUGACGCUGGAGGAUCGCAUGAACAAGAUUAUGUUUGCCUUUGGGCCAUCUCUGGAGCCAUUCUCCACUCCCGAGUGCGUAAUACCAAAGGCGCCAAAGGAAAUGAUGAAGACGGCUUGGAGCAACUCCAUUCCCAUGAUGAUUGGAAACACUUCGUACGAGGGACUUCUCUGGGUGCCAGAAAUCAAAAUGCUGCCACAGGUAGUACAACAAGUGGACGCCGGCACCCCGUUCAUUCCAAAGGAAUUGUUGGCCACGCAGCCCAGCAAAGAAAAACUGGAUGCGUGGAGUGUCAAGAUUCGCGAUGCACACCGCACUGGAGCAGAAAGCACUCCAGAUAACUACAUGGAUCUCUGUUCGAUCUACUAUUUCGUGUUUCCGGCUUUAAGGGUGGUUUAUUCCCGCCAUAAUCACGCCGCUGGAGCUCCGGUGUAUUUCUACCGAUUCGAUUUCGACUCCGAAGAGAUCAUCUUCCCGUACCGCAUUAUGCGGAUGGGUCGUGGAGUCAAGGGAGUCAGCCACGCCGACGAUCUGACUUACCUCUUCCCAAGUUUGCUGGCUCGCCGGUUGCCCAAGGAAAGUCGCGAGUACAGAACCAUCGAACGAACUGUCGGGAUCUGGACUCAGUUCGCAGCCACGGGAAGUCCUUAUAGCGAGAAGAUCAACGGCAUGGACACUCUGACCAUAGAUCCAGUUCGGAAGUCCGACGAGGUCAUCAAGUGUCUCAACAUCAGUGAUGACCUGAAGGUCAUUGACCUGCCCGAGUGGUCCAAGCUGAAAAUCUGGGAGAGUCUGUAUGAUGACAACAAGGAUUUGUUGUAGAGGAAUUUGAAUUUCCAGCUAAUUAAAUACUUAUAUAGAAAUUGUACAUAGGAAAAACUGCUUUAUAAAAUAUAUUCCACUAAUUGCUUGUUCAA